AUGCUUCUAGAUUACUUGCAGCACCGCCGUGACUGCCGGUUCAAGCAGGAUGAGCGUGUGCGUCGUAUUCGCGCUCUGACUGCUUACCAUGCUCCCUUCAGUCCAUUGGACCGGGAGAUCAUCAACAAGCCCAUUGAGGAGCUUGUCCAAGAAGUACACAAGGACCCAAGCAAAGCUGCCGACCUCCUACAUACCUAUGGAAAGGUUGCAUUAAAAGCCCAUGCGAAGACCAAUUGUGUCACUGAAGUUCUCAUUGAAGAUGCUGAGAAGUGGAUCAAGGACGGAUCCAUCAACUUCAAAGGCCCUCUUGCUGGUAUCCCUGUCAGCCUGAAGGAUACCAUUGAUGUAAAGGACUAUGAUAGCUCCGUCGGUGUGACGUGUAAUGUUCACAAACCCAAGACUGAAGAUGGUGUUACUGUCAAGUUGUUGAAGGAGCUUGGAGCUGUCCCAUACAUCAAGACCAACAUCCCCAUCACCCUCCUUAGCUUCGAGUCUUCCAACGACCUAUGGGGUCGUUCUACCAAUCCUUACAACAGCAAGUACACUCCAGGUGGUUCCACGGGUGGUGAGGGCGCCCUCCUCGCCAUGGGAGGCCGGAUCGGUAUUGGAAGCGAUGUUGCUGGAAGUGUCCGAUGCCCCGCGCAUUUCUCUGGCAUCUACUCCCUCAAGUGCUCGACUGGUCGAUGGCCCAAGCUCGGUAUGACCACCAGCAUGCCCGGACAGGACGGUAUUCCUGCUGUAUACAGUCCAAUGGCCCGAACACUAAAUGAUCUCUUCUACUUUACUCGCGCUGUCCUUGAGAAGGGCACCUACAACUAUGAUUACUCUUGCCAUCCUAUCCCUUGGAGAGCAGAUGUCGUCAAAGAAUAUAAAGAGAAGAAGACCAUGCGAAUUGGUGUUUUGCGAACAGACGGUGUUGUUGACCCUAGCCCGGCUUGCAAACGGGCUUUGGAGAUGACUGAGGCCGCCCUGCGUCGGGCUGGCCACGAGAUCAUCGAGAUCAACCCGCCCGAGCCAUAUGAAGCCCUAUACCUGGCCUCUCGUCUCUUAUGUGCCGAUGGUCUUGAUACCGUUCGCGGAUUCUUCAGGACUGGCGAGUGGAAUGAUCGAGGCGUAGCUCAAAUGCGAUUCUACGCAAAGCUUCCCAGCCCCAUCAAGUACUUGUACUACCUCUGGGUUCGAUACAUUCGCCGUGAUACACUGUGGGCUGGUUUGCUUCGCGACUGGCACCGCACUACCACUACGGAAUACUGGGCACUCAUUGGGCGCAGAGAAGCUUACAAGAGAAAGUGGUGGGAGUACUGGCAGGCCACCAACCUAGACUUUAUCAUUGCACCACCCAAUGCCACUCCGGCCGUUCCUCAUGACGGCAUGCAUGAUGCUGUCAGUAGUUGCGGUUAUACUUUUAUGUUCAAUUUGCUCGAUUACAGUGCUGGCGUUAUCCCCGUCACACAUGUAGACAAGACCAAGGAUCAACUGCCUGCUGGCUUCAACAUUCGGAAGCUGAAUGGCAUUGCCCGUGGUGCUUACAAGUUGUAUGACGCUAACGAAAUGCAUGGGCUCCCUGUUGGCGUUCAAGUCAUUGGACGAAGAUUAGAAGAAGAGAAGGUUCUCGCUCUGAUGGAGCGUGUGGAGGAUGCUCUAGGUGAUGACAAGUUCAAGUUGUUGGAUGUUGAUUGA